AGAAAGCUGUACGUGCCUUUCAGUUAACAGACAGAGUACAGGUCUGAAGGAGGUUUGAGCAGGACCAGGCUCACAAAAUGCCCAGAAGAAACCACCAUCCAGAUGGCAACUUUUUCAGAGGGAAAGGACACAGCUAUCUUGCAGCAGAAGAAGCUCUGGGUAUUGGACUCUUCAUUUUGGUGCUGGCAAUUUUACUUAUCGUUGGCUGCUGGUAUUACAAAAGACGUAGUGGCUAUAAAAGUCUGCGGAACAAAAACUCUAGUGUGGGCACAAUACGAACCAUCGUAGGUGAGGGAACAACACUGGACUGCAAAAUGGCUCUGCAGGAGUACAGAAACUUUAAUUCUGUGGUACCUGAUGCUCCACCAGCUUAUGACAAAAUUGCUGCAGAUCAGUCACCACCACCUUAUUCACCAUAACACAAAAUCUUCAACUCUGAACAUACCGAUUCAAUUUCUUCAUGCUCCCUCUUCAUUUCCUGUACGUGCUUAGCUUUCUUAAAGCUAAAAUCAUUUAAAAAAUUUACAUGCUUUCAUUAGCAGUUGCUGCAAAAUAUUCCUGCUCAGUUUACAGAACUAGUUCUUGAAAUGCCUCAGUAAAUCUGAAAGUGCUUUUGUUUUAACUUUUUAAUUUCCUGUGGUCAGAUUAAUACACUAUAUUCAAGUUUGGGCAUCUUGCAUCCUUCAUAGUUCUACCAAGAGUAAGUACACACCAUUGGGUAUCAACUAGAGUAGAAAGCAUUCGCACCUUUGUUUUAUUCUUACCCCUUUACUCUGUCUUUCUUUUAAAAAGACAUAAAGAAACUAUUCCUUAGAAUUUAAUGUGCCAGAAUCUGUCAUAAAAUGGACAAAACCAUUUGACUACAUGUGUUAUUACAAAGACUAACCUUCCCAUUACCAGCAGUUCUACAAUUAACCUGCAAAAAAUGACUAUGUUUUACAGCAGGCUUUUACCUCACAUCACUUGUUUAUGUACCUGUAAUGAAAUAAUUCCUCAGAAACACACAAUACAUGCAACGUAGGCAUUUCUGAUUAGAGUCCAUAUUAUUUCCUACCGGUCAAUGGGUAUAAUAAUGAUCACCUUCCUUCUGGCAAUCUUGUGAUAAAGCAAAAGAGUUUGGUAGAGAUAAAGCUUUAUGUGUCAUCAGUUACUAACAUGAUGAAACAAUAUGAGAAAAUUGUGUGAAGUCCGUGUUCCUUGAAGAAUACAGAAGACAGAAAACUCCAGGAUGUUAAUUUAUCUAUGUUGCCAAGACACUAGCAGUAAUAGAAAACAAAGAAUUGUGGUACACAUUAGGCUACAUACAUUUUGGCAGUUAUUGUUUACUUAGCUUUUUUUGUUUAUUGUUUACUUGCCAGAUACCUAAGAUUAUAUGCAGAUCAACAAUUUAUACACAAAGCCUGACAUCUCACAGCAGGAGACAGUUAAAGCUCUACAACAUUCGUUAAAAUGAAAAGUAUUUACAGAAGAAAAGUAUUUUCAUAAACCAAUUAUUAACUACUAUUAGUAUAGAAUCCAGUUCUUCACCACUAAAUAUGCAAACACACACAACUUAAACCAAAAAAACACUUUAAAUACAAGGUAGAUUUAAUUGCCUAAUAUAAACUCCAUAUACGGUGAUAAAUAAUAAGACACAGAUUUUUAGAAAUGUUUCUUUUGUAAUAAAAAUGUGUAUAUAGAUAAGUAAAAUUACAUACUUCUUGGAAGGUAACAAAUAUCAGUAUUUGCUGUGAAUGGUUAUAUUCAAUGUAUCUGGUUUUAUAAGUUUACUUGAUACAUAAAUUUAGUUGAUAUUUGUAUUUAGAAAUGUAGAGAGGUCCUUCAGCCUAAAAAGUGGUCUUACAUGUGUCAUGUCCAAUAUACACCUUUAAGGAAAAAAUUCUGUGGACUUGUUUAUUGACAGGAAGAUGAUGACACAGGAAAAUAGACAAAAUGCCGUCAGUUUAUAGCUAGUAAGUGGCUGAGAUGUAGAACAUGAUGGCUGACUAAUUUUUUUUGCAGAACUGGUAAGCUAAAGCUUGAGGCUAAUGAUCUUUAACAACUCUGUACUCUGCAACACUCUUCCCUGGGGCAACAUCCUUUCAAAAGACUCUGUGGUGCUGCAGUUGAAUGGAACUGACAUACACAUUCAUGGCUGAGAAAAAAAGUAAUUUCUAUAAAGGUUAAUUACUGUAAUUCAGUAGCUCACGAGGAAGUUACACUGGCUAAGUAGAAACAUUAUUUUAAUUUCAGAACUACAUAAGACAGCAUUGCUGGAACUGCUCAGCAGUCAAAUCUGGAACUAUUGAACUUUGACACUAAUUUAUAGAUAUUUAAAGGAUAGAUAAACCCUCUUGGAAACCUUAGUUUUCAGAAAGUCCUCCCAUUUUUCCUCCCUGUGAAAGCAAUAUUCUUUACAGACACAGUUAGACAAUGGUCUCAGAUUUUAAUUAGUGCAUGAAAAUACAAGCAAGAAAUAGAGGUUUGCAGAGUACUAUGUUACAUAGGUGGAAGCUAAAUCAGUCAUGCUAAAUACUCUCAAAAUUCCAUUUUUAAAAUCUGGCUCUAUGCCCAAUGAGGGUAUGCUGGAGAGGCUGGCUGCUGGUUGUCUUGGUUUGGGCUGAAAUAGAGCUAAUACUCCUUUUCAGGGACUAGAUGA